GAAUCAAUCUGGGCGGUCCCCUAAAUGGGUGAUCUGUCUUGUAAUUUGAGCAGAGGAAUUUCUCCAAGGAAACUGUUUGCUUUCUUCCCAAACACUUUGUUACCUAACUCGCAGUGGAACAAAACUCUGUCACUCUGUCUCUACAGCUCAUCUCGAAGUUGUUUCAACUUGCAGUCGAUCCCCACAUCCUCUGUGUGUUCCGCAGUCCCGGGCAGGCUCCACCCUCCCAUCCCGUUUAUAAUAACCCCGUUAAUAAUUUCCACGUUAGCCCAGGGCCUCAUUUCCCAGUGUCGGCUUUGCCCGCCCGGCAGCGCUUCCUUUCCCCUUGUGAGCGGCGAUUUUGUGCUCGGGCCAGGGCUUGUGGUGCCACCAGCCUCUCGGCUCUGUGGGAAGCACAGGAUGAGUGUGGGGACAGUCCUCUUCCAGGCCAGCAGCUAUGGCCAGGAGGGCACGCUGCUCUGCUGCCUCGGCCAGGGCGCCUCUGAGCCCGGCGUGCGCUUCUCAGAGGCCCUGCACCGCCCCUAUGGUUGCGAGGUCGAACCCCAGGCACUGAACGAAGCCAUCAGAUGGAGCUCCAAGGAGAACCUGCUUGGAGCCACUGAGAGCGAUCCCAAUCUCUUUGUUGCACUUUACGAUUUUGUAGCAAGUGGUGACAACACACUCAGCAUCACCAAAGGUGAGAAGUUGCGAGUCCUGGGUUACAACCAGAAUGGUGAAUGGAGUGAGGUACGUUCGAAGAACGGGCAGGGCUGGGUACCAAGCAACUACAUCACUCCAGUGAACAGCCUGGAGAAGCAUUCCUGGUACCACGGGCCAGUGUCCCGCAGUGCAGCAGAGUAUCUGCUCAGCAGCCUCAUCAAUGGCAGCUUCCUGGUCCGGGAAAGUGAGAGCAGCCCAGGGCAGUUGUCCAUCUCGCUCAGGUACGAAGGACGUGUUUACCACUACAGGAUCAACACCACCUCAGAUGGGAAGGUCUAUGUGACAGCAGAAAGCCGUUUCAGCACCCUGGCAGAGCUUGUGCACCAUCACUCCACGGUGGCAGAUGGCCUGGUGACAACUCUGCACUACCCAGCACCCAAGUGCAAUAAGCCCACCGUGUAUGGAGUGUCCCCCAUCCAUGACAAGUGGGAGAUGGAGCGCACUGACAUCACCAUGAAGCACAAGCUCGGGGGAGGCCAGUAUGGAGAGGUCUAUGUGGGGGUCUGGAAGAAAUACAAUCUCACAGUGGCUGUGAAAACGUUAAAGGAAGAUACCAUGGAGGUGGAAGAAUUCUUGAAAGAAGCUGCUGUGAUGAAGGAGAUCAAGCACCCAAAUCUAGUGCAGUUGUUAGGUGUGUGCACCCUGGAGCCCCCCUUUUACAUCGUGACGGAGUACAUGCCCUACGGGAAUCUGCUGGACUACCUGCGGGAGUGCAACCGCGAGGAGGUCAGUGCUGUUGUCCUGCUCUACAUGGCCACCCAGAUCUCCUCUGCCAUGGAGUACCUGGAGAAGAAGAACUUCAUCCACAGGGACCUGGCAGCACGGAACUGCUUAGUUGGAGAAAACCACGUGGUGAAGGUGGCUGACUUUGGCUUAAGUCGACUCAUGACUGGUGAUACCUACACAGCCCAUGCUGGGGCCAAGUUCCCAAUCAAAUGGACAGCUCCUGAGAGCCUGGCCUACAACACCUUUUCAAUCAAAUCAGAUGUGUGGGCCUUUGGGGUGCUGUUGUGGGAAAUUGCUACCUAUGGGAUGUCCCCGUACCCAGGCAUUGACCUCUCUCAGGUGUACGAUCUGCUGGAAAAGGGCUAUCGGAUGGAGCAACCAGAGGGGUGCCCUCCCAAGGUGUAUGAGCUGAUGAGGGCAUGCUGGAAGUGGAACCCACCAGACCGACCUUCCUUUGCUGAAACCCACCAGGCUUUUGAAACCAUGUUCCAUGACUCGAGCAUCUCAGAGGAGGUAGCAGAGGAGCUAGGGAGAACGGCCUCGUCCUCAUCCAUAGUUCCUUACCUGCCCCGCUUACCCAUGCUUCCCUCCAAGACGAGAACGCUGAAGAAGCAGGCAGAGAACAAGGAGAACAUUGAAGGAGCACAGGACACUGUGGAGCACUCGGCAUCCAGUUCAGCACCAGGUUUCAUCAGAAGCACACAGACAACAGGCGGGUCCCCCGCACUGCCCCGCAAGCAGAGGGACAAGUCCCCCAGCAGCCUCCUGGAGGAUGCCAAAGAGACCACGUUCACCAGGGACAGGAAAGGGGGCUUCUUCAGCUCCUUCAUGAAGAAGAGGAACGCUCCCACGCCUCCCAAACGCAGCAGCUCCUUCCGGGAGAUGGAGAACCAGCCCCAUAAGAAAUACGAGCUGACGGGUAACUUUUCCUCUGUUGCUUCCUUGCAGCACAUGGACGGGUUCUCCUUUGCUCCAGCGCAGCAGGACACGAGCCUGGCACCCCCCAAGUGCUAUGGAGGGGGCUUUGUGCAGAGGACCUUCUACACCGAGGAGGGCACUGGGCCCAGCAGUGCUGGGGGUGUGAGCACUGGUGGAGGGUGGUCAGGCAUCACUGGCUUCUUUACGCCACGCUUGAUUAAAAAGACACUGGGUUUACGAGCAGGAAAACCCACUGGUAAUGAAGAAACUUCAAAGCCUUUUCCAAGGUCAAACUCCACAUCUUCCAUGUCCUCAGGGCUUCCAGAGCAGGAUAGGAUGGCAAUGACCCUUCCCAGAAAUUCCCAGAGGUCAAAAAUUCAGCUGGAACGGACUGUGUCCACCUCCUCCCAGCCUGAUGAGAGCACAGGGAGGGCCAGUGACCUGAUUCCCAAAAGGUUUGAAGAGGGCCCUGCUUUGACCAGAGAGAGACCAAAAGCAAAACUCUUGCCAAGGGGUGCCACAGCACUCCCUUUCCGAACUCCCUCCGCAUCAGAAGAAAAGGAGGGUCCAGGGCUAGUGGCAGCUCCUAAGGGCAAAGAAAAAAACAGUGGCCCACGACAAGGGGCCCUUGAGGAUGGCGAGAGGCCAGGGUGGUCAUCUCCAGUAAAGGCUGCAGCAAUACUUCCAACCACUCAUAACCACAAAGUGCCAGUCCUAAUCUCACCCACUCUAAAACACACUCCAGCAGAUGUGCAGCUCAUUGGCACAGACUCUCAGGGUAAUAAAUUUAAGCUCUUAUCUGAGCAUCAGGUCACUUCUUCCGGCGACAGGGACCGGCCCAGACGGGUAAAACCAAAGUGUGCUCCACCUCCACCCCCGGUGAUGCGGCUCCUCCAGCAGCCAGCUGCCUGCUCGGAUGCAGCAGAAGAGCUGAGCAGCGUGGCGGGAUUGCAGCAUGGACUGGAAUCGAACGAAGGGAGUAAGAAGGCAGCAGCAGCAGCAGCACCUGUUGGUGGAAAAUCUGGGAGGCCCGUGAUGCCUCCGCCUCAAGUGCCUCUGUCAUCGUCUUCCACCUCCCCAGUGAAAAUGGCCAACGGCACGGCCGGCGCCAAGGUAGCGCUGAGAAAGACCAAACAGGCGGCUGAGAAAAUCCCCGCAGACAAGAUCAGCAAGGAGGCACUGCUGGAGUGCGCGGAUCUCCUCUCGAGUGCCAUCGCCGAGCCCACGCCCAACAGCCAGCUGGUGGACACGGGGCACCAGCUGCUGGAUUACUGCUCAGGCUACGUGGACUGCAUCCCGCACACGCGCAACAAAUUUGCCUUCCGGGAAGCCGUGAGCAAACUGGAACUCAGCCUGCAGGAGCUGCAGGUGUCUUCGACAGCUGCUGGCGUCCAUGGGGCAAACCCCGUCCUUAAUAACUUAUUGUCAUGUGUCCAAGAAAUCAGUGAUGUGGUGCAAAGGUAGCUACUGUCAAUCUGGGUAAGAGAAACACACACGGGGAGGGCGGGACUGUUUUUCUGUACUGAUGCUUUCAAAAGGAAAGACUGAUACUUGAGUAUGUGAAGUACCUCAGAUCACUGAGUUCUCCUCACGUUUACAGGUUCAUCUCAAAAAGUUGGGGAUGGAGAGGGUAGAUUAAAGCUGUAAGGGGCAGAACAUCAAGGAUCUGUCCCUACCUAGUCAGGCUGAUCUGCUUGGUAUGGCAAGGGAAAGAAAGUUCCUUCUCCUCCCCUGGAGAGGCAGGAGAGCCGAUGGCAGGUUCUCCCUCUGGGCAGGACAGUGGUGACAGCCAGAGUCCUAGGGUGGCUGCAGCUGCCUGGCUGCACCAGUCCUGCCCUGACUGCACUCACUGUGCUUUGCUGUCCUGACAAGGCCAAGGAAAGGCACUGGGGCUCUGCUGGUACCAACGGCAGAGCAGCCAGAGCGGCUCCGGAGGGGAGUCGUGUGCAGCUGGGGGAAAGGUCUAAUGCACUGACAGUAUUCAGAGCUGCUGGAGGUGGAUGCACUGGUCUGGAUGGCUUGACUUCCACAGCACUGUUGCUGCUGUAAUGAGAACUGCAAGAUUAGUUAAUAUAUGAAACUGUCCCUUUUCCCUCCUGUCCACUUCAUCCACCACGUUCUCAUCAUCAUUGUAUCGGAAGUGUCAGGGAUGCUGGGCAGACUUACCACUGGAAUUUCCCCUUCCCACCACACAGCCUUCACUCAGCUGAUACCUAUUUCUAGUGGUCUAGCACAGAUGCUGCUUGAUGGUCAUUUUUGAGUAGUUUGGGGCUCUUGCACAACUUGCCAAUGUUGUUGUUGGGGUGGGGUUAUUUCUUUUUUUAAGUUCUAGAUUUUUUUUUAGCUUGUUGCCAGGUUGACUCCCCAGUUCAGUUUGAUCACCGUGAGGACCCAUGGUAAGGCAGAGCUUCUGGCCCCCUGGCUGUUCUCCACAUUCCUUUAGCAAUUACAGCACUGCAGGGCUGAAGAACCAGAAACCCAGCCUGCCCACCGCAUAUCCUUACUAUUGCCCCUAACCCUUCACACUGCCAGAUUCCUGGGAUUUGUUCUGAUGCUUACCUGUCUCACAGGCUUCCAGCUUCCCUGCAUCCCAAGGUGAUAAAAUAUGGCAGCACACAGAGAAACACCACAGGCAUCUCCAUGUAUUUACUCCCAUAUUUUAAAGGCUAGACCAGAAUCCUGCCCUGUGGUGUAGGGAAUGUGCACAUAACCUGUGCACUCCUCUGCUGAGGUAUGGCAACAAAAGCUGUGGCUCUACCUUGAAGGGCUCACACUGGGUCUCUAAUGCCUUCUAACCACCCCAGAAUGAGAGCAGCUGAGUGGUUGGCAUUGUUGUCCUGGUGCUGGUUGGAGACUGCUGUGGCCUCAGAAAGCUGGUCUGUGUCUACGCACAACUCCCCAAGGUGUGAAUGUACUGGCAGGUGGGAAGAGCUCAGUUGCAGGUUAGUGAGAGGAAAGGAAACAGGCCUGAAACCUGGCCCCAAAUACACCUUACCUGCAUGCUGCUGCUCACUUCACACUGCUGGUGAUAGAGGAUCUCGCUUGCUUUGCACCUUAAGUCUCUCUCUCUUUUUUUUUUUUUUUUUUUGACUAAAACACUUUUUAAACUUGUUUUUCAAGCGUGGCUGUGCUGCUUUUAGUCUGAGCAUUUAGAGUGGAGCUGUGGCACACGUAUGACUUCAGAAGAUGAGCACUUCUGUUUCUGUCUAGAAGCACAUGUUGGUGCUUGGAAGCAGGCUGGGUGUCUCAGCAAGUGUCCCUGUUUUUUCCACAGAUCAGAGUGAGACAGGCCUGGAAAAAUCUUUAGAAAUAGGCUGGUGUCUGAGAAUCCUCAUUUCAUUACUGGUCUGAGCUAAGCAAAGUUGUUUCAGGGUACAUGGAGGCACAGUAGAGGAGAGCAUGGGAGGUACAAUAGACCAGUGAGUUUCUGUGGCCCAGUAAGUGAAGUGGUGGUGGGAAAAAGAACCAAGCAACCCCUUGUGCUGGCAGGUCUGAUCCCCUGCAGCCCUUGAGGCUGUCCCAAGGCUCUUCUACAGCCAGAGUACCAACCCCUUAUCUCAUAGACUUUACUGAGGGCUUUUGUGGUUUACCUUAUCUCUUUCAGUCAUCUUCAUGGAAGAUGUGCAUCCAAACUAACUGCCUUUGGAAAGGGGAGGUGACUUGUGACAGUGCUUCACAUGGCCUGUCAAACAAUCAGAAGAAUUCAGAAGGCGGGGGGCUCUCUUUCUUUGGGGCAGAAGGGCAGGUCUUGCUUACCCUGGCAGACCAUCACAUGGUUCCAUCAUUGUACUGCUGCUCAGCCUGGGACAAAUGUGCUGGAACUGAAAGGAUUUCAGGGGAAAGGAAUUUUAACCAGAACAUCUUAAAGUUUAGCCCAAUUCUGAUGAGUAUUGCUGAGUAUUUUGAAAGAAGCCUUUUUUUUUUUUUCCUAAAUGCCAGUCUUCCACAAAAACUACAGCAAAAGUGAUAGAAUAGCAAUAUGGAAUUUCUAACUACUAGAACUCCCCUCUUGCAGCCCUUUCUGAAGAAAGCAGCUGUGUCCCAAUGAACACUGACCAUUCCCACUUCCUUUCAGAUUGCCCAUUUUCUCCUUGUCCUUGUAGCAGAUAGGGACAGUGGGACAGAGUAGCAUCCACAGAAUGGCUGAGGUUGGAGGGACCUUUGGAGGUCACCUGGUCUGAACACUCUGCCCAAGCAGGGCCACCAGGAGUCACCUGUGAGAACCAUGUUCAGGCAGCUUUUGGAUAUCUCCAAGCACAGAGACUCUACAACCCCUGUGCCCAACACAGGAGCCCAUUUAGUUCUGACCCCUCCUGUGGUGCAAAAACAAAGGCCAGUGGAAUUUGGGGAUUCGCCUGUUUUUGCUCUCGUGGAAAGUGUUUUCUCUGCUCUAUCAUCUAACAUCAGGUAGGCAGAUUGUGGCAGAGGUAGUGCUGACUUGACAGGCUUUUUUUCUCCUAAAGUGAAGGCUGCAACAUUGCUGGGACUUCUGCUGCCCUAGAGUGUUUUAUUCCCAAACUGUGAUGUUCCCCUGCCCUCUGACAGGACAGCAGAAAAGCUGGUUCUGCUGUAAAUUACCAUCCAGUUAGUCUUCCUUCCACAACUGCUUCUAAAACUUUUACCAUUCCCUCUCCCUUUAGCUAGGUCUGGCUUUCUCUUCAGCCUUAAGUGUCUCCACUGUGGCCAAUUCUCUGUUUUCAGCCUGGCACCAGCUGUGCAAAGCAAUGUGUGGGUGCUGACACCCCAUUGUUUGUUCCAGUGAAGAGCACUUCAUGUUCCAUGGUUUGGGGCAGGGGACAAGGCGUAAAUCCUGUUGUUUUUUCUCCUCAGCACUGUCAGGCAGCCAUAGGGGCACGGCUGGUGCUGGGCUCUCUCACUUGCACUGCUAUGGGCCAGAAUUUAAAGCAGUCAUCCUUGCCAUGGGGAUGGCAUCCACGGGCUGCCAAGCAUGAAGCACAGCGUGAGCUUGGGGGGCACUUUCUCUUCCUACCACUGUGGGAAUUAGCUGACUCACUGGUGCAAUUCUGUCUUCUUCCUGCACUGUACACCCUUCUUAAUCCCAAAGUGGCGCACUAGAUUUAGUCAUGUUCUUCAUUAGUGUGGGCGGGGGUGAAGCUGAGCUGAGUCUGGGUCUUGGGACUGCACCAAAUUUAGCCAGUGGGAAAGCGGAAUUGAAGGGAGCAGCAUUGCUGAUGCAGAACACAGCAGGGAGGGAGAGGAGGGCUGUGCUUGUCCUCCUCAGCACAUUUCUCCUGGAUGCCACUGGCCUGUGUCUGUGAGACAGUGUUGACAUCUGUCAGGGUGCUUUUGCAGGAGUUGUGGGCACAGGGAACAAACCCCACAGUGGAGACAGAGCAGGCCCUCCCCACCAGGCAGAGGGGUGGGGUGGGUUACACUGUGCAGCUACAGCGAAAUCCCAACCCUCAUGUCCUACCAUUUACGUGAGGCAGGCUGUUCCUCUGGGGCAUCCACAGCGGUGACAGGCACGAGUGACUCCAGAGGAUGGUGGUUACAAAGCCAUCAGGCUGCUGCCUUCUCCUGUGGCACACCCAGCUCAGCCCUGCUGAGCAGGAGCUGGCAGGGAGACUGAACGGUGGAGACUGCAGCACAUGUAGAAAGCUCCCAGGGCACUGUCCAGCAUGGGUGGGUGCUGCGGUUGUGCUGCAGAUCCUGGAGUGUAGAACAAAGCCCUCAGCCCCAUUCUCUAGUGGUAGGUAACAGGAGGUUUGGGACACUGACUUGUUUCUCACAGCUCCACGCUAAGCAAUGUCUGUACCAAAGGAGGUCGUUCUUCCCCAUGUGUCUGUUGUGCACAGGAGCUGGAGCCUGCUCGGCUCACAUGGCACUGUUUGUAUUGGUAGUGAACCCGGUGAGGGCAGGAAUGGAUUGAAAUGAAACACGUUAAUCACCAAUCACUCUUAGCAGUGUUGUCAACUGUUUUUGUUUUUUAAUUGUUAUUGUAAUAUAUUUUGGUUGUUUUUCUAAUUUAAUUCUCUCACUAUCGUCUGACUGUGAACUGCGAACAGUGUUAAACUUGAUGUAAAUAAGGCCCUUGGAAGGGCCUCUUUGCCUGUCGUUCCACAAAGUUUUGCCAAUUUGCAUUUUGUUUUAAAUAAAGGUUGCAAUAUUUUAUUGGCAAAAACCA